AGUUUCUCUCCCGGAGGGAAUGAGGCUGGAACAAAGGGUCGUAACACACCUAAUAAGAUUUGAUCACAGGACAGUGGAGCACACCUGUUCAGAUCAGCCUCGCUGUGACUGCAGCUCGCCGUGCAGCCUGAGAACAAACAGUCAGCAUCUCCUUCUUCUUUUUCAGCUUCUGCAAGAGCGAGAACAGACUUUACCACAUUUCUGUUUUUCAGCUAUGCGUCUCUACCAUUGCACACAGGUAUCCCAAAAAAUGGGUCUUCGAAACAGAAGAGAGAGACAUCACUGCUGGAUGGUCCCACCACGCCAGGUGACCGAGAGCCAUGACCUCAUCCAACCAAGAAAGCUGCCAAAUCCCAUCCUGGCUUCUCACCAGCACAGAGCCCUUCACCAAAAGCUGCUCUUCUGCCUCAGAAGAGAUCUACUGCCCAGAAAGAAGCCGGAGCUGCAGUGUGUCCUGGAGCACAGACAGAGAGAGCAGCACAAGCAGAGGGAGCUGGCCCUCCGUCCUCCCUCCAACCUGGAGCUGAAGCUACGCACAAGGCAGUGUUAGUUCAGAACAAGUAUGAGCUGGAAGAGAAGAAGAGGUUUGAGAGCCUGCAGAACGUACCAGAGUUUGUUCAUGUGAGAGGAACCCUGAAACGUAACCAAACUUUUUCCUAGUGACGACCGGAGCAAAGGCACAAAUAAAGACUGUUAACGUGGAGUCCAGACAAGUUCAUCCUUGAUUGACAACUGCAUAUAUUUCAGAUUGUAAUAAUCAAAACUCAUCUGUAUUUUAAGUAUGAAUGGAACGUGUGAAUUCCGAUGGCAGUGUGAAGUUGUAAAAUCCUCCUGUAAAAAGUGCAAGAGUUUUGUGAAGAUUUUAACCCUCUGAGACCAACAAUAGACCACUUUUUAGACGUCUUUUUAAGGGGGGUACAGGGGGUCUUUAUGGGGAGAUAGCAGGUCAGCAGUAGAAGUCAGAUAAAAGGGGUGUACAUCAUUUGAAAGCUGGGAACCUGAAGAUUAAUGAAAUGGCUACUAUGGGGUUUAACAAUGAUCACAAACUAUUAUAAUUGGGCUCAUUGGAUCCACAAAAGUCUCAGCUUUACAAUGAUAUCCAAUCUAUGCAAUUUAUGGACCAAAACCUGUCCAUAACUGCAUGUGAUUAUCAGAAAGUGGGCAUGUCUGU